CCCCCCGCCGUUUCCUUGAGCUCGCGCGCCCCUUUCCACAAAGGAAAAAAAAGUAGGGCGUGGAUGAGAACAUCUCAGGGAGAAAUGAGGCACUUGUAUCGGCCGGGAUGGUUUGGAUCCACUGUCGUCAUCCUUCGUGCACACUCAAGACUCGUGGUUGAAGAACAACGCGUCAUUGGUGUCCGUGGACUAGAAUGCAUAUAGGUAUCUAUCUCUCUUUGGUUGUCGCGAGGUCGAUGACGAAGAUGACGAUCAAACACGGGUGGCCCAUCUAGGCAUAAUCCGUUCAUUCAUCCAUCUCUAUGCUAUUCAACCGACCACUCGCUCAGUGCGAGGAUGUAGCUUUUUUCUUUCUUUCAUGCCCUGCGCGAACCCCCCUCCCCCCUCCCCCCUCCACGACGCGCUAUGCCCUGUUCCUGUAGCACGGUGUGAUGAUCGAGUCAGUGAGUCAGGGGUAGAUUUCGAUCUCGCGUGGGCAGCCGGUUACGCGUGGGGCCCCCCCUGGGAUAUAUCCAUAACAUCAUUCAAUUCUUUCUUCUCUCUGCUCGGUUCUCAAGUCGUUCACUUUUUCCCUCUUUCCUUUCCUUCCCUUCCCCUUCUUUCCUUCUUCCCUUCUUUGCUCAACCUCGUUCCCUUACAUUACACACUCUUUCUAUCUUUUUCUUAUCAAACAGAUCCGGGAAAUCGGACCAGUUACACCAAAGAAUUACAUUACAAAACCGGGUGUGGUUCGAUCAACUCAUCAUUCAUCAUCAUCAUCAUCAUCACACACCACCACCGCCUCCAACAACUCCGCAUAUCAUCUCUAACCCUUUCCCUUACCAAGUCCUUUUUCCAAACCUCAUUGCCACCACCAACUACUUGCUCAAGCACAGCUUCGGUUCAAGAUCGGGUUUGGUUACAUAUAAAUAGAUUUAAACAACCACACACACAUAAUCGGGCUCAGAGAGCGAUAAAGUAGAGGACAAGUACAAGGGAAACCCGACUUGGUCAAGUGGUUUUUCUGAAGCACCUUACCGGAACUUUAGCGAGAAAGGAGAACGAGAGAGUUUUUUUUCUUUCUUACGAGUAGAACAUGGCGCCUGGAGGAAGAGGUGCUACUGCUUCUACUGCUGCU